AUGGAAAAUAACAAGACGUUCUUCGGACGUUUCUUCCUCUCUUAUACGAUGUGGUGUUUACUACAAAUGCACAUGAUCAGUGAGCGUAUGCCGCUACUGUCGCUAUCCAAGAAACAGCUCGUCAUCAGUGCAGUUACAGUUGCGGUUCUGUCUACAGGAGUCGAGCUGCUGUAUUCCUGGUGGAUAGGAUUUCCGGUACCAUACACGAUCCACAUGAUGGCUGUGCCGUACGUGUCGCUCAUGUUCUUCGCGUUGGCCAUUGUUUGGUAUCCUCACGUACGUCAGAACUUGAAACUCUUGUGGAAGAUUGCUGACGCCAUUUUGAUCUGCAUUUGCCAUGGGCUCGUCAUCAUCGGGUAUCCGAUCUUCUACUAUGCAUUCCAGAAGAUGGGCUCGGGUAUCGAACGAACAGCAUUUUCGAUGGUUCUACCAAUACUGAAGACCUUCUACAGAGUGUUGUUUUACUAUCUCUGUCGAUCUGCUAGUGGCGAACGAAUUACGAUCGUUGUGGUCUUCAAUGCUGAUCUGGUGAACGCGUUUAUCAGCCGUCAUUCAUGA